GCCCGUGUCCGUCCUCUGAACCCUCGGAUCAUAUGGCUGGACGUGCAGCUCUGCUAUCGGUGAACUGGGCUGUUUUCUUUCAGGGGAACUUGAACCUGUCAUUAGCAAGAGUGUCUGAGAAGCAGCAGCAUCAGUCGAGGAAGACUUCUCCACAACAGUCAUGUUCCUGUACCUCCUGGGGCUGGUGGUUUUCUUCUACCUGUACCGCUGGGUCAGGGAGUUGCCCAGGGUUCCAGACAAAGGCAGCAAGCAUGUGUACAUCACUGGCUGCGACUCAGGCUUCGGUAACCUCCUGGCCCGCCAUCUGGACAAGCAGGGGUUCAGGGUGAUCGCAGCGUGCUUCACGGAGAAGGGAGAAGAGGAUCUGAGGAAGGCCUGCUCCAACAACCUGAUCACUACACACUUAGAUGUUAGGUCUAAGGACAGCGUUGCCAAAGUGGCAGCGAUGAUCAAGGACAAAGUGGGGGAGAGCGGCUUAUGGGCUGUGGUGAACAACGCAGGCGUGGCCAUUCCCUCCGCCCCAUGUGAUUGGCUGACCAUUGAUGACUACAAGUCUAUGCUGGACGUGAACCUGAACGGGGUGAUUGCUGUGACACUGAGCGUCCUCCCGCUAAUCAAGAAGGCCAGGGGGAGGGUGGUCAAUGUAGCCAGUGUGUUUGGGAGGAUCAGUGUUACUGGAGGCCCCUACCCUGUCUCCAAGUACGGUGUGGAGGGUUUCAAUGACAGCCUCAGGUUAAACAUGGCACCCUUCGGUGUCAAAGUCCUCUGCAUUGAGCCAGGCUUCUUCAAAACAAACGUGACGGACGUUGGUAUCCUGAGUAACAAUGUGAAGAUGCUGUGGGACAGACUGCCUCAGGAGGUCAGAGAUGACUAUGGAGCUGAUUAUUUACAAAAGGUAUUCGUAAUGCUAAAAGACAAAGUUAUCAAGAUGAGUGAUGGGGAUCUGAUGAAGGUGGUCAGCUGCAUGGAGCAUGCUGUAUCUGCUGUCAGGCCCCGCAUGCGCUACUCUCCAGGCUGGGACGCCAAGCUUUUCUGGCUGCCGCUGUCGUACAUGCCAAGCUGCAUCUCUGACUACAUCAUGGCAAAAGAUGCCAUUCCUAUUGCCAAGCAGAUACAAUAAAUUAUGCUUCUUCGUAA